AUGUUGCGCACCGCCCUUCGUGCCCAGCUGCGACCGGCAACCACACUCCGCUCGCGCGGAUUUGUCUCGACCGUGCUGCUGACCAAGGCAUGGGAAAACGAGCCACUGAACGACCUCAAGGAGGAGCUGAAGCGACGAGGCCUGUCCCAUAGAGGUAACAAGGCCACGCUCGUCACCCGCUUGCGGACAGACGACAAGGCCAAGUCGCUCGCCCCAGCCCCUUCCUCGGUUUCGCCGCAGGCCGCCCAGCAAGUGCGUCAUGCCUCGACCACCGAGGUUCCUGGCGUGCCGUCCGCAGAAGCUCCGCCCCCGCUACCGAAGACGUACCCCAAACAGUUCUUAGACGUGAAAAUGCCUGAUUUUUCACAGCCAGACUCUGAGUCGCCAAUUCAGAUUCCUUUUCUUCCAGACCUUUGGGACUCUUCCCGAAUUCAGGCCGAGUCCGCACCCAAGUCACCCAGCGUGGAAGAAGAGCUGCCAAAGAUGGUCGCGGUCGCUGGCUCAGUCACUCAUCAUGGCGGUGGACCCACAUACAACCUGUCCAACACGGAAGCAGAUGACCUAUUCUCGUCUUCAGCGUCCCACACAGGUCCCUCGGGCUUCUGGAGAGAUGUCGCGGAGGAUCUGAAUUUGCCCACGUCAUUGAAUUUACCCAACGCCGCGAACGGGGCCAAAGCUCUCUUUGAUAUCGCGGAGAAGACGGAGACCUCCAGCGUGCGGGAAACGUCGCACUCACGGACGUUGGACAGUGACGAAAAGAAGGGCGUGUGGGUCCUCCUCAGUCUCCUGGGAGGAUCAUGGCUCGCCGCUGGUUUCCUACAGCCCACACCCGCUUUCGCAGAGAAUGCAGCGGAGACGGCCGAGGCAAAAGUAGACACACACUGA